UUGCAUCAUGUCUACAUGUCUUUGCAAAAAAAAAAAAAUCCUAAUAUGUGUACAUUAAUUGGUUUAUGUGAAAGUUAUAGCGUCUACAAAUGGAUAUAUAUAUAUAGACAUACAUACACACUAGUAAUGGAGACAAUCAGCGACUUAUAGCGGGACAGUGGCAGGCAUUCUGACACUGGGGGUGCACUGACUGUCAUUAAGAUCCCCAGUGACACUAAUACAGUGAUCAGUGCUAAUAAAAAGCACUGACACUGUACUGGCACUGGGCAGGAAGGGGUUAACAUCUGGGGC